AUGCCUCCUCUCCAUUGCCUUCAAGGGCGUCUCCCCGUCGAUAUCCUCGAUCUCACUCGACCAUCCACCGCAAAAUCUUACAUCCUCCACAACCAGACGUUCCCUUUCCCCCCUUUCAUAUCCCCAAAGCUGUCUAUCGGCGUCCGGGAGCGUUAUCCGUACACCACUACAGCACCCAGUACCAAUCCCGCCCUUUCGGCUACAGCAAUGGCUCCUACUCGUCCCUCGGGUGCCUGGCCGAUGCCUCUUGAUAUGGCCGCUCCCCAGAACGCAAAUUCGAGCAAUGUACACUCACCUGUCGAGUCUCCAGCACAGUCGCAAUCGCCUGCGCAACAGAGUGCGAGUCCGUUACAGCACUCGCCUUACCAGAGCGCUCCUCCGCAGACUCAUUCUCCCCCGCUUUUGACCGACUGGACACUGCUUCAGCACCAACAGCAGCACCCGCCCGUUCAGGAUUUGGGCCAUUAUAUGCAAGAAAACCAGACUCUGAUACCGUAUUCUUUUGCCGCAAAUUACCAGACGAACGCUAUCGGUUAUUUGCCUUCGGCUGCGCAGGCGACGCUUGAAUCCGCAAUGCCCAUGGAACAGCAGGGCUUUAGCAAUGUUUCGCCCAUCGAGGACCCUCGGACUAUGCAGCAGCAGUGGGAUGGCAUGGGAAUGGGGAAUUGGCAAGAUUUCGGAACUACUUUGCAAUUCCCGUCGGAUGGACUGCCACGCUUUGGAAGCCUAGGGAGCCAGUCUCCGACUGGGACUUAUUUAGAGGUACUAUCCCUGCCGGGAUCUAGUGAUAACGGCUGGACUCAGGUUGAGAUGUACCAAAAUUACGAUUCGUAUCAGCAAGCGCAGGCGCAGGCACAGGCACAAGCCCAGAACACGGCUAUCUUCAAUCCCGGCCAGACGUUGCACUUGAGAACGAACUCGGACGCUUCCCAUUCGGACGGAAGCGGUCAGCGCACUGACUUCAGCAGCAGUAGUUUCGAGGAUAUCUCAUUCAAUUAUUCCCCGUUUUCUCCGGAGUCUGAUACGUACUCGGACCCGGCGAGCCAUCGAAAUUGCUUCCACGGUGAGAGCCAUCAUUCUCACGAAAUUAUCAGUCCUGCCGCUGCCGUCGAGCCAGUGCCUAUUAAGUCAUCGACCUCGAGCCGUCCCAGCCCUGCGAGCGGAUCAGGUGUUGCGUCCCCGCCUCAUAACAACCCUCGUAGAAACUCGGGUCCCAAGAGUAAGGGCGCGGUUGCAAAGUCUACUAAAUCGGUCAUAAGGAGGACUUCUAAUGGAAAGAAAGAUGGUACAGUCGAGAAGAAGGUUGGACGUCGGAAAGGCCCGCUUCUUCCCGAGCAGCGGAAGCAAGCUAGCGAGAUCAGGAAACUCCGAGCCUGUCUCCGGUGCAAGUUCCUCAAGAAGACUUGUGAUAAGGGUGAGCCUUGUGGUGGUUGCCAGCCGUCACAUGCUAGACUCUGGCAAGUUCCUUGCACUCGUAUUGAUAUCAAGGAUAUUGGCUACUUUAUGAAAGACUGGAAGGCGGAUUACGAACGACAUCUGAGCCGUGGUGUUUCUGUCUACAACGUGAAGGGCUUCGCACAGAAGGAGAGCUUGAUGUGGAUCACUCAUGGCUACGGUUUCUGCCUGCCCGUCAUGGUUCGUGAAGUUUUCGUAGCGGAUGACAGUUGUUUCCAGGUUGACUGGGUCGAGUCUUAUCAAAUUGAUCAGGAGCCGAUUGAAUUUGAACUGAAGACCGAGAGACUGGAUGUUGGUAAUGGUGGCAUUCGCCCAGAAGCGCUUGCUGAGUACCUAGACAAGCACAUCGAAAGUGGCUUUGAGAACUUCAUUGACGACCACUUCGAAGGUACUCCUUUCAUCACGGAAAUCUUCAAGACUGCCUACCGUUUCUACACCAAGGAGAAGUUGCCAGUUAUACGCAAGGCUUUGAAACUAGUGCUAGCCUACAACCUUACCCAGCACAUCACUCUGGUCGAGCAGCAAGGUUCAGAACAAACCUUGGAAGGCCAGAUCGAUGAUGAAGACUCCAAGUACUUCGGGAAAUACGUGGCGCCCGUCAUGAUCAACUUCCAGAUCAAGUGUGCUAUGGCAGAUAUGUGGCGUGAGCUACAGAAGGAUAUUCUGGAGGAGCUUUCAGCGCUUUACUCUAGCGUGUACAGCGGCGAUCGCCUGAAGAACUGGCCCACUAUCUUUAUGCUUGCUUCCAUACUCCUGGCUGUCUGGGAAGAGAUGCAGUUUGACUGCCAUUACCGUGUACCUGACCCAGUGGCGGUUGAGAAAUUUUGCACCGAUAUGGAAAGCACACCAGUUGGUGUUAUUACCGGUCUAUUCCACGCCAUCUCUCAGAAACUCCCUGCUCUGAUUGACUGGGAUACUGAGCGCCAUGGUCAUCUACUCAACAAUAACGUUGCUGUAUGCGAGGCUAUGACCGAAGUACGGCAGCACGUCCUCAAGCAUGAGGCAUACCUAAGGACUAGACACACAUCGAAGUUUGACCGAUACGACUUCGAUUCAUUGUCAAAUAAGUUCUUAUCCAAAUUGGUUAUUAAGGCCAACUGA